ACAAGCAAAAGAACACGCUCACUUGGAGAUAGGCUUUGUGAUAUUUAAAUGUGUGGGUUAAUUUUUUAUCCACUUUAAUAACUGGGAUUUUUUUUCACCCUCUCUACUUCUUUGCUUUCUGUUGCUGCUCUGAAGCUGUGGGCACAGAAAUCUCUGCAGGCAAAUCACUCCAGAACAUAUUGCAGGACAAUCUUCUAAGAACAGUUGAAUUCCAGGCAUCUGGACUCCUAAUCCUUUUUGGAGAUGGCAGGUGUGAGUGGCUGUAUAAAAUAUUCUAUGUUUAUCUUCAACUUCUUGUUCUGGGUGUGUGGUGUCUUGAUCCUGGCAAUAGGAAUAUGGGUACGAGUAAGCAAAGAUGGCCAAGAGAUUCUCAACUCUGCAGACUCUGGCCUUAACCCCUAUGUUGCUGUGAACAUCUUGAUUGCCGUGGGCUCCAUCAUCAUGGUCCUGGGCUUCCUGGGCUGCUGCGGGGCCAUAAAGGAAAGUCGCUGCAUGCUUCUGCUGUUCUUCAUCGGCCUGCUCCUGAUCCUGAUCCUGCAGGUGGUGGCCGGCAUCCUGGGAGCCACUUUCAAAACUGAGUUUAAAUGCUGUGGUUUGGUCAGUGGAGCUGCUGAUUGGGGAAAUAAUUUUGAACAGAAUUCCAAGUCCUGUGAAUGUUCAGGAACGGCAGAUACUUGUGUAUCUUAUCAACAAAAACUUGUUUAUAAACAGCCAUGCAGUUCUCUGAUAAAAGACUUAAUGGCCAAACACAUCAUUGUGGUUAUUGGAAUAGCCUUUGGACUGGCAGUUGUUGAGAUACUUGGCUUGGUGUUUUCCAUGGUCCUAUAUUGCCAGAUCGGGAACAAAUGAGUCUGUGGAUGUGUCAAGCUAUAUCAUCAGUCGAACCCCUUUAAAAUUUUGCUUCGGCUUUGUAACAUUAAAUAUGUAAGUGCUACAUAUAUCAGGAGUAACUGUCCUAUUAUAAUGUCUCAUUUAGCUAGACCACAGGCAUCUUCUAGACAUACUGAACGUAUUUAAGAUUUGAAGGCUCUAACAACGAUAUGAAUGUGUAUUUUUACUCAAAAUAAAAGA